AUGGCAAAACUACUGAUUCUACUUAUUCUAGUUAUAGUUUCAACGGUUUCUGCAUUGAGAUGCUACGAGGGAACUGUGAAAGGAUUGGAGAGUAAUGCUCAGACACCGAAAAAGGAAUGCGGUGGAAUGUCGAAUUAUUGUAUUCAACGUAUCGAUAAGAAGAGUGGAGAAAUGAGACGUGAAUGUAGCUCAUGGAGUGACGAACAUAGUAUGGAGGAGAAAUGCCCGAUGGCCGGAUGUCACUUCCAAACCAAAGAAUCCACUUUCUGUUGCUGCCAAUUCGACGAAUGUAACGAGUGGAAGGGAGAUGGAACAGAGUUCAAAGCCGGAGAAACCACAGUUCAGAAAUCAGUCCCAAGUGCUCCGAAACUCAGUGAUGUCGUGAUGCCAACUGCUGCUUCCCGUAAGAAUAAAAAUGAAGAUGAUACCGUUCGUAUUCCAACCACUCCUGCUCCAACAAGAAAGAGCAGCUUUGUCGAACUUCCAUGA